AUGACGGUUGACUGGUCGCUGUCGCAGGACAAGUACCCAGACUCCGUGCAGGCCCUGAUGGCCGUGUGGGGUGGCUUCGACGCGCCGCGCGGCUCCGGCGACUGCGGCUUGGAGAAGCGGCUGGAGUUGGACUUCCGCGGCGUCGUCGUGCCCACCGCCAUCAUGGCGGAAGACGUGGCCGCCGUCAUGUCGCACGCCGGUGAGGCGUUGGUGCGGCAUUCUGUCCGCAAGGAGAUCGUCACCUUUGAGUUCACCAAGAGCGUCGCCGUGCUCACGGAUAACCGAAUCGUGGUGACUGCCGCCUCAUCUGUGCUGCUGCACGCGGUCCUACACCCGCUGCUGCGCCUCUUUGGCAAGCAUGCAAUUCAGGUGGAGUGGGCGUCCUUCAUGCGCAUGAACACCGCGUCACCGUGGACCGCAACGUGUGAGAUGAGCGACAUCAUGGCGCAGGAGUAUGCAGAUUUGAAGUCAGCCUUUCCGUCGGGGCACCCGUACCUCACAGGCCCGGUUGACCGCGACCAUUUCUUCUACUUUGUGUACGACGCCAUUGACCGCAACCGCCCCGACGCGCGCUCGGAAGAAGAUGUGCAGAUCAACAUCUAUAUGUACAACGUGAGGACAGACGACGACGGCAUCGAGCCGGUCAAGAACAUGCAGAAGGUAGUGCCGCUGUCGGAGGGGGAGUACAGGACUCUGCGUGUUGCCACAGAAGGCGCGGCGUACCCCUUCGCGUCCUUCGAGACGAAUGCGGCGGCCGACGCGUUGAGUACCACCGCGGUGGUGACGGGGCUUGUCGAGAAGUACUCCCCGGACCGCUUCACAAUGGUAGUGCUGCAGGACCGCAACAGCCACCUCGGCCGGCUGCGCCCCGUGUUCGACGACGUGGACGGCUACGCCAUCAUGAACCGCGCGGUCAACCACUUCGGUGAGGGCUACGCUUUCCAUCAGGCCGUCUACACUCGCACUGAAUAA